AUGAACAGGUACAAGGUGAUGAAGCAGCUGGGGGACGGCACUUACGGGACCGUGUGGAAAGCGCUUAACCUGCACACGAACGAGAUUGUUGCUGUCAAGAAGAUGAAGCGCAAGUUCUAUUCAUGGGACGAGUGCAUGAGCCUGCGAGAGGUCAAGUCGCUGCGCAAGCUGAACCACCCCAACAUAGUGCGGCUGAAGGAGGUGAUUCGAGAAAACAACGAACUCUUCUUCAUAUUCGAAUUCAUGGAGUGCAACCUGUACCAUCUGAUGAAGGACAGAGAGACCUACUUUCAAGAAUCCACCAUUCGAAACUGGAUGUACCAGGUGCUACUAGGCCUGGCGCACAUGCACAAGCACGGCUACUUCCACCGCGACCUCAAGCCAGAGAACCUGCUAGUGACCAAGGACCUGAUUAAAGUUGCGGAUUUCGGCCUGGCAAGGGAGAUCAAGUCGCGGCCUCCUUUCACAGACUACGUGUCUACCCGAUGGUAUCGAGCACCAGAGGUGUUACUUCAGUCAACAGUUUACAACGCCCCAAUAGACAUGUGGGCAAUAGGAGCAAUCAUGGCAGAGCUCUUCACACUCGAACCACUCUUCCCCGGGGCAAGUGAGAUCGAUGAGAUUCUCAAGAUCUGCGCUGUCAUCGGCACGCCCACCCCCAGGACGUGGCCCCAGGGCCUCCGUCUCGCAGCUUCCAUGAACUUUCGCUUCCCUGAGUACUCGCCCAUCCCGCUCGCUCAAAUCAUGCCCAUGGCAUCAGACGAGGCAGUCGACCUGGUGACCGCUCUCUGCUCCUGGGACCCUGCAAGGCGCCCCUCCGCUGCCCAGGCGCUGCAACACCCCUUCUUCCUG